UGGAGAAAUAACAAAGCCUAGUGAGGGUUCGGGGCUAGUUGGGACAUGCAUGCUUAGGAGUAGGGUUGCAGGGGCAGGUGAGACUGGGGUGCCGGGAUUCAGGGGUUGGUGUUGGGGGGCUGGGGUCACGGAGAUCCGCGGACAGAGCGGUUUGUAUAUGCAGCCAGGGAAGGUAGAGAUACGAUUCGGGUGCAGCGGUUGUAAUAUUAUUGAAGAGAGAGCGAAUGUGUAGUGUGGAUGCCUGCACAAUAGGCGGCAGGUGUAUGCACGCAGAGAGAAUAGCACUGAAUGGCGCUUUAAGGAGAACAGAUUUUUAGUAGAUAAUUGAUUCGUGGCACACGAUGCUGAAGUACGUUAAGUCCUUAUUACACGGUUAUUUAGCCUGAGCUGGGAUAACAACCUGCAUGUAUACUAGUUCCUGGGGUAAGCGUUAUAGUGAGGCCCCCAGCACAGCAUAGUUCAGGGUGUCAGAAUGCAUUGCACGGUGUGGGAGCGGGCACUAGGGGGCGUGCAUUCAUGUGAGCAUCACUCUUCUAGCAGCAAGCGGUGCCCAAGCUGCCUGACAUGCGGCUGUGACAGCGGACACUAGCUGCCAGGAUGUGGCUGAAGCCCGAGGAGGUGCUGCUCAAGAACGCUCUACGGCUCUGGGUCACUCAGAAGUCCAAUCAGUACUUCAUUCUCCAACGGCGACGGGGGCAUGGAGACAGCGCAGCCAGGUUUGCCGGCCGAUUGGUGGGUGCACUGGAUGCCGUGCUAGAUUCCAAUGCACGUGUUGCACCCUUUCGGAUAUUGCUGCAGGUCCCUGGGUCUCCAGUAUACUCUGCUAUAGCUUGUGGUGAGUUAUUGAAUGGAUCAGAAGUUUACUGGGCCAUAGCAAUUGGUGCCACACCAGAAGAGAUUGAUCAGCACUGGGAAUGGCUAGAACAGAACUUGCUUCACACUUUAUCUGUGUUUGAUAACAAAGAGGAUAUUUGUGAUUUUGUUAAAGGAAAAGUAAAGGGCCUUAUUGCGGAGGAAACCAGCAGUAAGCUGGCAGAACAAGAGGAUGAUCCAGAGAAGUUCAGGGAUGCUUUGGUAAAGUUUGAGAGUCGGUUCAACUUUCCAGAGGCAGAGAAGCUGGUGACCUUUUAUUCCUGCUGCUGUUGGAAAGGACGUGUGCCUCGUCAAGGAUGGCUCUACUUAAGCAUCAACCACAUAUGCUUCUACUCCUUUUUCCUGGGAAAGGAAUUGAAAAUAGUGAUCCCUUGGGUGGAAAUCCAGAAACUUGAUAGAGCUUCCAAUGUACUGAUGGCAGAUUUCAUCAUUGUUACUACUCAUGGCAAAGAGCGUGAAUUCUCCAUGUUCCUUGAUAUUGCUGAGGUCUUCAGGAUAAUGGAACAGUUGGCAGAUGUGGCUGUCAGAAGGCUGCUGGACAAUGAGGUCUUUGAACUAGACCCAAACCUUCAGGAACCUUCACAGAUCACCAAGAGGGAUCUGGAAGCUAGAGCACAGAAAGAAUACUUCCGAGCCCUAUUCAAACUUCCAAGGAAAGAGAAGCUGCAUGAAGUGAUGGACUGCUCCCUCUGGACACCCUUCAGCCGCUGUCAUACAGCUGGAAGAAUGUAUGCUACAGACAGCUACCUGUGCUUUGCAAGCAAGGAAGAGGGACUUUGUAACAUUGUCAUUCCACUUAAAGAGAUGAUAAGUGUGGAGAAGAUGGAGGACACUAGCCACCUUCCUAAUCCCAUCAUCAUCAGUAUACGGCAUCAAAUGGCAUUCCAGUUUAUUGAACUCCGAGAAAGAGACAGCUUGGUCAAUAGCCUUAUCCUCAGACUUGAAAAAGUCAAUGCUAUCAAUGCUGCCUGCCUCUCCAACAGGCAUAAAAAUCCGAAGUCUUCCGAGUCCCAUGAAGAAAGUUUUUGUAAUUUGAAUAUAAUGGUUAACCAGAUUGACAAUGAGAAUGUGACAGAGAAGCAGUCAACUAAUACAGAAGCUUUGAUGGCUACAUUUCAUCAUAUAGCAACUAAGAACCCUGAUGCUGGAUUGUCAAGGGAACAGAUAAAAGAGCACCUGUGGAAAGAUCAUUUUGCAGAAUAUGGGAGAACUGUAUGCAUGUUUCGUACAGAAAAAAUUCGAAAACUGGUUGCCAUGGGAAUUCCUGAAUCACUACGAGGAGAACUGUGGCUUGUUUUCUCAGAUGCUGUAACUGACCUCUCCUUACAUCCUGGCUACUACAAUAAACUGGUGGAAGAGUCAAUGGGCAGGUGCUGCAUGGCAACUGAAGAGAUAGAACGUGAUCUUCACCGCUCUCUGCCAGAGCAUCCUGCAUUUCAGAAUGAGACUGGCAUUGCAGCCUUGAGGAGAGUACUGACCGCUUAUGCCUACAGAAACCCUAAGAUCGGGUACUGCCAGUCCAUGAACAUUUUAACUUCGGUUUUACUGCUGUAUGCCAAAGAGGAGGAGGCAUUUUGGCUACUGGUAUCAGUGUGUGAAAGGAUGCUUCCAGAUUACUUUAAUCACCGGGUCAUAGGAGCCCAAGUUGACCAAUCAGUAUUUGAGGAACUUAUAAAAGAGAGGCUUCCUGAGCUGGCUGAACAUAUCACUGAUUUAUCCACGCUGGCUUCCAUAUCCUUGUCUUGGUUUCUAACUCUUUUUAUUAGCAUCAUGCCCCUCCAGAGCGCUGUGAAUGUUGUGGACUGUUUCUUCUAUGAUGGCAUCAAAGCCAUAUUUCAAAUUGGUCUGGCAGUACUUGAUGCCACAGCAGUGGAGCUGUGUAACAGCAGAGAUGAUGGGCAAGCUCUCAUGAUUCUGAGCAGGUUUUUAGAACAUGUUAGAAAUGAAGAAAGCCCUCUGCCACAAAUUGGAAACUUGCACAGUUUACUUAACAAUGAACAAGAAGUCUAUCCUGUAACAGACAUAGCAGAUUUAAUUCGGGAUUCAUAUGAGAAAUUUGGCAAUAACUCUGUGGAACAGAUUGAACAUUUACGUUACAAGCACAGGAUACGUGUACUCCAAAACCAUGAAGAAACCACAAAAGAAAAUGUUCUCCGUGUUGUCGCUCCUGAUGUUUCAUUUCCUCAUGAAGAUUUGGAAGAGCUGUACGACUUGUUUAAGAGAGAACAUUUUAUCAGUUGCUAUUGGGAAGGGAUAUCUUCUAUGCUUGAACGCCAUGACCCAAGAAGGCCAUAUGCAGAACAGUAUAAGAUUGAUAGCCGGCAGUUCAUGAAUCUCUUUCGGCUGUGCUCACCAUGGACAUGUGACUCACACACUCAAGUUUUAGCUGAAAGGAUUUUCCGCCUUAUGGAUGAGAAUCUGGACAAUUUUGUUGAGUUCAAAUCGUUUGCAUGGUGUUUAGAUAUUAUAUAUUAUGGUGAAAUGAAUGAAAAAAUCAAACUGUUGUACAGACUUCAUAUCCCACCUGCUCUCAUGGAGAAUGACCAGGACUGUCAGUCACCGCUCAAAGGUCCAUUUCUAUCAACUACAAGGCCCUUGAAGAUUGCAAAACCAAACGGAGAAGAAAAAGAUUAUCAAAAACAAUUAAAGCAAAUGCUUAAAGAUUUGGUGAAAGGAAAAGAAAAGAGUGCUGAAAAAGAAUUGCCGAAAAUGACACAGAGAGAAUUUAUCCAGUUCUGCAAAACUUUGUACAGUUUGUUCCAUGAAGACCCUGAGGAGAAUAAUUUGUACCAAGCUAUUGCCACAGUAACCACUCUCCUGCUUCAGAUCGGGGAGGUUGGGCAACGCAGCAGUAGCUCAGGGAGCACUUCAGAAGAAUGUCCCAGCGCAGAUUCACAGAACGAUGCCUCUUCCUUCUCAGACCAGGAAUCAGUGUUCUCGGACACUGUCAAAGACCCACCCCACUCCUCACAACCACUAGCCCUAGACGUAGCAGACUGGAUGGUGUCUUUUGAGCACAUACUGGCAUCUCUCUUGACUGAACAGUCUUUAGUCAAUUUCUUUGAGAAACCCGUGGAACUGAAGCCAAAGUUAGAGAGUGCAAAAAUAAAUCAAUACAGCCUCAAAACAAAUGGGGCCGUUAACUCUUCAUGAUGAAUCCAUAGGAAUUUUUUUCAACGUUACCCUAUUUUGUGGGUCUCUGGCAGCUAAAGUGCAGAAAACAAUUGCUCAUUAACAUUUCAAUAUCAAGUUUAGUGCAAUUAUUUAAAUUGCAUGGGUAAAAACUAAACAAUUGUACAGCAGCUUCAAUGAAAGUAGUAAUACUGACAUGCUCUAAGCAUUUAGUCAUCUGAAGUAUUGUUAUAUGCAAAAAGUGCAAUCCUAGUAUUUUACAACAAAUCAUAAUUAUUCCUGCAAUGUAAAUUAGACAGAUCUCAAAUCAACAAUUGUUUUCUGAACUCUAAUUUGUCAACCAAAGCACACUGGACAAUUUCUCGUUAUUUGUUCUUGUACUUUUUUAAGUGUUUAGUUCCUGUAUACAUCUCUCUUGUAACUUUUGUGAACCCUGUUGUAUGAAACAUUAAUGCAGCCCAGUUGUACUGCAACAUCGAGCUGGGUAUUUGUCUACACAAGACAUCAAGACUGCAGUACUGGCAUGCCAAUCAGUCCUCCUGCUGAAGGUAUAAUGAAGUCCCAAUGGAGAUGUCUAAUGUCUGCUGUUUUUAUGUGUAAGGUUGCGUUCUUUGUUUUGUUUGCACUAAUGAUGACGUUUCAGUGCUGGGAAUUGAAACUAUUUUAUUAUAUUUGAUUUACAUUUAAAUUUUUGUCAUUCAAGUGUCAGGUUAACUUACCUUGUGCUUUUCAUGUUUAUCAGAGAAUGUGCACUUUUCAAUAAACUAAUUUGUAUUGUUUUCUUUUA